UUUCUAGAUCCUGUCGUCUGUGCUUCAUCCAGUGGAGGGCAGCAACACCCCUGACGUGCUGCUAAUCUACUGCUAUUAUACAGAGGAAGAAGUUUCCGAUGCAACAGCUAGGCAUCACCAUGCCUACUGCUGUGAUUAUGGAGGAAAAUUAUGAUAAAUUAUUAGAGCAGUGUGAAGCUCAAGAGCUCGAGGCUCCAGGGGGCAUUGCAACACCUCAAGUCUACGCUCAGUUGCUUUCGCUCUAUUUACUUCAUAAUGACAUGAAUAAUGCCAGGUAUCUGUGGAAACGGACUCCCCAAGCAAUAAAAUCGGCAAACCCUGAAUUAACAGCUAUUUGGGCUGUUGGCCAACGCAUUUGGCAGCGAGACUUUCCAGGGAUCUACACAGCCAUCGCAGCUUUCCAGUGGUCAGAGAAUAUCCUUCCGGUCAUGGAGGCCCUGCGAGAGAGCACACGGCAAAGGGCGUACAGUCUAGUGGCACAGGCGUACACUUCCAUCACAGCAGAGGAUUUCGCUGCCUUUGUGGGAUACUCUGUGGAAGAGGCCGUAAAGGGUGUGGUGAGCCAGGGCUGGCAGGCAGACCCCACUACCAGGAUGGUGAUGCCCAAAAAGCCAGAUCCUCCCCCCGUCUCAUUGGUUCCAAAUGAGCAGCAGUUGGCCAGACUCACUGACUACGUGGCUUUCCUCGAGAACUGAUAACCCACCACCACUGCCACCCUUUUCCCCUUGCUUGGUACAGAGGGGGCAUACAAGUUUGGAUAGACUCUUCUUACUUCCUGCAAAGUCCCACUGCCCUGAUUAAGAUGUACCAAAAACACACCUACCAUCUUGCAUGAAUGCUGCAAGCUCUUCUCCAAGACCUGUUUGUUGACUAAUAUAGCUUCCCCUGUUAAUUCAUGUUGAAAAUUUGGGUCUGAUUUGAAAGGAGGUAUUAUAAGAAAUAUGUUUCCCAUCACUGACAGUAUGUUUUUAUUGAUAACCUGACAAACCCUGUACCACACAGUGGAAAUACACAAACUAGUUUGUCCACUACAUCCAUUCUGUUGUAGCCCCUACAGGUUGCAGUGAAACUCAUUAUGUCAGGUAACAGAAGUCUUGGCAUGCAUGCAUCACCGUGAGGAUUUCGCUCCUCAGACCUCAUGUUUUGAAGUUUAUGUUUUGACUGGUGAAUAAAUCUUUUGCUGUUUCUAA